AUGUCAGUGUACAAUCCGAUCACCAGCGACUAUCCAAGUCGAGUGUUUUCUGAGGUUGGAGAAAAGCUAUACUUGAAAGCGGACAUGGCGGACGUUCAUUUCGUCUUCAAUUCAGAUGAUGAAUCGAUUGAACGAAUUCCGGCUCAUAAAUUAAUCUUGAUGGCCGCAAGCGAUGUCUUUCGAACGAUGUUCAAUGGAACAUGGAAAGAACAGAAAGAGGUGAAGAUUGUCGAUGUGUCAGCCGAUGCUUUCAAGGAGUUUCUUCAGUUCUUUUAUCUCAACCGUGUCAAAUUGACCAUGGAAAAUGUCGACAAAGUAAUGAACCUCGGCAAAAUGUACGAUAUGGCCGAAUGUGUGGCAGUUUGUAGCAAGUUCUUGAAAAAUAACCUAAAUGAUGACAACGUCUGCUCGAGCUAUGGAUUGGCAAUCCUUUUCGAUCAAAAAGAUCUGAAGCGAUCGUGUGAGUCAGUAAUCGGUCUCAACACAAUUGCUGUGCUCAAGUCACCUGGCUUUUUCGCCUGUAACGAAAAGGCGAUGGCUGAAAUUUUGAAAUUGAAUUGGUUGCAAUGCACAGAGAUCGAACUCUUCGAGGCAUGUAUGUCUUGGUUAAAGGCAAUUUGCAAACAAGACGUUUUAACCAAGGAAAUCGUGCAAGCCAAACUGGGUGAAUCGUUUUAUGAAUUUCGUUUUGGUUUGAUGGUAUUGCAGGACAUUCAUGCAAUGAUUUCGAACUAUUUCUCGCACAGUGAAUAUGCGGAAAUUUUCCAAAUGAUUACAUACAACGGACUGUCACCGGAUCAAUUAGAUGUAAAUCAAGCAAAACGAUUGAAGCAAAUGAAACGUGACUCGUUUCCAUGGGAUGAAAAAGAUUUGAUUCAAUUUGGUCGAUUAUUCUCAAGAUAUAGAUCAACUGAACCAUAUUUUAUCAAAAAUUUGGAAAUAACCAAGUUUUCUAGCAAUGGGCCACUUCUACUCAAACAAUUUGAACUUUGUACUGUUUCCAAAUAUCUUAACGGAAAAUUUCAGGAUACAUUUAAAAAUGUUCCAACAGAAAUGACGAUAGUCGAAGUGACCGGUGCUGAGAAUUCUAAAAACGAAACGCUACUAUAUAAUGAAAAAGAAAACUUGACUUCGCCCAACUCAGACCCUCAUCGCAUUGUUUGUUUGUCUAAACCAAUUUUCAUUCGACCCGGAUUUGUAUACGAAAUUCGAUUGAAACAAGAUCCCCCAAAAGAUUGUGCUAUAAGUCCUUUAAUGAUGUCUGAAAGAAGGAAAGAAGGCAUAACCAUCCAAUUUCAUGACGACCCAUUGAUACCGAAUGAUUUUUCACGAACAGGCCUAGUUUAUAAACUCAUGGUCUAUCCAAUCGGGAUAUAG